GGCCGCUGGCAGCAAAUGAGGCCACAAAGGAAGUGAAGCUGGCAAAACUCUGGUACGCGGGAAAACCCGGAUGAGCUGCAAGUUUUGCGAAAGUUUGCAACCUCACAAGUGCCAAAUAAAAUUUAUGGCUCUAUUUUGAAAGUUGGCAGAGCAUCGCCCAAUGUUUCAGCUCGUACACAUUUAAUAUGCCUAACUGUACAAAAUCAAUUAACAAGAAGUGGAGCCUCAAGUUCGACAAGUUCGAAUUGAUAUCAGUUUGAUUUUCAUCAUUGACAGACGAUGUUGCUAGUUCUUGUCGUGUUGCAAUUUAUAAGUUUUACUUAUGGCAGUGAGAUGAAUAACAAAACCUACUCAGGAUGUGAGGCUAUGACUGCGAAAGACGAGCCAAAUUUGGCCAUUGUUUUCCAAUGUCUUGUUGCAAACUAUAAUUUAAGUGCAACUCUAUCGGAUAUUAUGCUAAAGAUGGAUCAAUUUCAACAAGUCUUAGAGCAAAUUUCCAACGAAGAGAAAUAUAUACAAUCACCUUUUCAAAAAAUUGAUGACAUCUUAGAAAUACCUAGUGAUCUAUCCGGUAAAGAUUGCCAAUCCAGACGACAAAUAAUACAAGCCAUACGCAGAAAACUGGAAUGGUAUAAUGUUAUGGACGAUACGAAGUCUUCUCUUUUUGAUUACGAUGAUGCUAUAAAGCCAGAGAUUUCUGAAUCUGCCCCGGAGAAUGCUGUUUCAAAAAUCGAACUGAGAACCGAUUUUAAUAAAGUUUUAAAAGAGAUCCGUUGCCUGCUGGCAAAAUCCAUACGAAAAACAGAACCGAAAGCUAAUGCAACAGAAAGCAAUUAAUUUGAAAACAUGGAAUAAAUUUCGCCUUUAAAUGUA